AUGUUCGCUUACACACUCAAAACUGCUCUCGGCUUCGGCCUCGGUCUCAUUUCCCUGUGCGGACUAAUCGUUAAUUUGGUCGUCGUGAUCCCAGUGUACCGGUUGGCGUUUGUGCAGAACAAGAGCCCGAUCUAUGUGAUCUCGUUCAUAAACAUCGUCACCGAUAUUGUGAAUGUUCUGAUGGCAACCUUCUAUUUGGCACCCUCAAUCAUUUUCGAGGUGAGUUUGAUCUCGAUUCAGUGCUUCCUAUUUAGAUUUCUAGACCUACUUCUUCUCGAAGGAAAAGACGGGAGCGAUUCCCAAACUGAUGGGGUCCACGUUCAUGUUCUGCUGGUACCUGGGGUCCAUCACUCAGAUUGUGAUGGCUGUCAACCGUCUCGUGGUCAUCUACUACCGUCGAAGUGACCUUUUCACCCGCAGAAACAUCUGCAUUCUGUUCGGCUUCCUCAUUCCAUUCAGUCUUCUCCUCAUGUACAUGGCCCAAUACGGCUUCCCAUGUUGCGCCUUCGUCUUCGAUCACACCGUCCUCUCCUACUCCUAUUACCAAAUCGAUGACCUCGACAACUAUCCGAACAUGUUCAUCGAUCUUCCGUUGAACUUUACCAGCUCUACGAUCGCCACAAUUUGUUAUGCAUUGGUAAGCGAGGAUUUGGCGGUGCUUGGAAUAGGGAUAGAGAAUCCAUUGCUCAGAUUGUUUGGACGGUUCGUCAGUCGACCAAAGGGAUCGCCGCUUCUCUGAAUACUCAACAAUUGAGACGAUCAAGGAGAAACCGGGAAGUGACGUAAGGCGGAGUACAUAAUGGCAAAACGAUAAUACUCUGAGAAUUGUUCCAGAUAUGCAAUGCAGUUCUGUUUCAUCUCCAUGUUCUACACGUUCUCCUGGAUCACCUUCCGAACGUUUCCGGUGCUCAUCGGCGACAAGGGUCUCGAGUGGUUCGUGUCCAUUUCGACGGCAGUCACCAUAAACAGCAGUGCCAACGCGCUUGUCUACCUAAUUAGCAAUCAAGAGGUACCCAAUCCGCACCUCAUAAUUUCACAUAAUGCUCUUUUUAGGUCAUUCGCAAUCUGAAAUCGAGUGGAUUUAAUGUGUUCAAGCGUGCUCAGACGUCGUCCGACGCCGCCAUCAACUCGACCGACGGGCACAGUGUCAUCCGUCACAGUCAUAACAACACCACCACAAAUACCUCUAAAUACUAA